CUGGAGAAGAGAGAGAGCGAGCGAGGGGUGACGUGAAGAAAGACUUCCCUUCUCCCAUUUGCACUCAGUCUCUCACCGGCGACCCAGAAAAAGAGGAAACGGUGUGAGGGUUAUAUACACUGCCACUCCACUUCCAAAAACUGCUGACACCUUGAGAGCGUGGAAGGCAACGCAGCAGAGAGAAGACAUGUGGUACCCAAGGCCUGGUGGACCCACUGUUCAGAUUCAACAUUUUGCUCAGCGAGACAUCGGAAACAGAUCCAACAUGGUGCCGCACACACAGACAGAGGAGCAGAGGUCGCCGGAGUCGAGCAUGCGGCUGCUGGGAGGGAUUCAGGGGAUUCAGGGCCCAGGUAGGAUUCAGCUGAAGCAGGAACCGGAGGAUCAGAACCAGAACUAUCAGACCCAUCAGAACCAAAGUGAGUGGGGGCACACGGGUCACUCCUGGUACCAGGCGCCGCACACAGGAACCUACGGGAACCACCAACUGCCAACAAGCUGGCCGACCUCAUGGCAGGUGCAGAGCCACCUAGAGAACCCCAAGUACCACCUCCACCAGGCCCAGGCCCAGGCCCAGCAGGUGAAGCAGUACCUGACCCUGAGCUCCAAGCUCGCCGGACAGGCCCACCCGGGCCCUCACCCCCACGCCGGGCAGCCGCUGGGCACCGUGCCAGUCAUGCGUAACGGGCACAUGCCCCCGCAGGGAGACGGCAGCACCCCAGGCAGCCCCAUCACCCUGCUCACCCUGGCAACCAGUAACCAUGACAGCGAGUUUCCAAUGGAUGAAGUUAUUGAUGACUUAAUUAGCCUUGAAUCCGGCUUCAAUGAUGGGGGCUUGGAUUGCAUGGAGUCUAACCUCUUAAUGCAAAGCAAUGUGUCCCUGAGCGGCGGGAUGCUGGAUGUGUACGGCGGAGAGCCAGGUAUGCCCACCCCUCACGGUGGACUGCCACCCAUCUCAUGCCCCACAAAGCUCACUGUUAAGAGGGAGGUGACAGAGCACGACACCAGAGUCAUGGCCAAAGAGCGACAGAAAAAAGACAACCACAAUCUCAUUGAACGGAGGAGAAGGUACAACAUCAACUACAGAAUCAAGGAGCUGGGGACACUCAUACCAAAGUCCAAUGACCCGGACAUGCGCUGGAACAAAGGCACGAUCCUGAAGGCCUCGGUGGAGUACAUCAAGUGGCUGCAGAAGGAGCAGCAGCACGCCCGCGAGCUGGAGACUCGGCAGAAGAAGCUGGAGCAGGCCAACCGCAGACUGCUGCUCAGGAUCCAGGAACUUGAGAUCCAGGCGCGUGCGCAUGGUCUGCCCAACAUGGCCACCUCUCUGGGGACCGUGGAGCUGUCCAGCCACCUCCUCAAACAGCAGCAGCAGCAGCAGCACCAGGGAGCCCAGCAGCCCCCCCUCUACCCCGACGAGCUCAACGGAGGAGCCGAGUACCUGCCCCGCACCCCGAUCAUGGGCGCGCAACCGGGCGGUGCUGCCGCCGCCGUGGCGACAAGCGGGGGCCCCCUCGGGCCGAGCGGAGGCGGGGCCACGGGCGGCAUGCCCUCGGUGCCGUCGUCGGGGGCGACGGGCGGGGCGGGGGAGCCCGGCGACGGCUCGACGACCUUCUCGGACCCGCUGUCGCACUUCACGGACUUCUUCAGCGCCACGCUGAAGGAGGAGCACCGGCUGGAGGAGAUCCUGAUGGACGACCCGCUCUCGCCGUUCGGCGCCGACCCCCUGCUCUCCGCCGCCUCGCCCGACGCCUCCAAGGGCUCCAGCCACCACUCCAGUUUCAGCUCGGACGAUGACGACGACCUCUGAUAACCCCCCCCCCCCCCCCCCCCGUCCCUUAAUGACCUUUGAACCCUCCUGACCUCUGACCCCUCUGUGGCUAUGCCACCUCCCUCUCCGACACACUCCCAGAACACAACAUUCAGGCAAAAAGACAUUUUUACACAAAGACAUUUCAUGCUAGAGGCCUGAGACUCUGUGCCCUUAUCUCCUGAACCGCCUAACUGCUUAUGAGGAAUGGACAGAGUAAGUGAGAAAGUGAGAAAGCGAGACAGAGAAAGAAAGAGAGAGAGGGAGCAACUCCCUCCUUCCAUACUCCCAGAUUUUACCGACAUUCAUUGAAGCGCAUUAAGACAAAAAAAGGGAGAUCCAGUGAUGAUGGGAGAUCCUGACAGAACUCUGCGAACACUGUGCAGCCUGCAUUCACAAACAGACUGAAUGACUCUCCUACUGUAUGCAGUUCUUACACUGACCACAUCUGAUGCCUGCCCUGUGCAGGAAAGAUGCGUUUUAAAUGUUUCUUAAACGUUCUUUAUUGAGGUUUAUGAAUCAAAGUGGCCAAUGUUGCCUUAAUCUGAUGCUUUGUAAAAAAAAGAAAAAGAAAACGGACAUAGCAAUGCAAUUAUAAUCGUACUAGUUAAAUACCUAACAAACCCUUCUAUUGUCUCGUCUUAAAUGUAUUUUUUAAGAAAAUAUGUAUGUUUAUGUAUUUAUAUGUUUUAAUCCAUGUAUUCUUGAAAACAAUAUUUCUUACAUCAUCUAACAUGAUACAUUUUGUAUUCUUUUUUGGGGGUGGGGAAAAGAUAAAUAAACCCCUUUUUAUUUUCA